GUUUAUCUUCGAAGCAGAAAGAUGACAGAAAGCAACCCCCUUGUCGAGAAAUACAUGAGCCUGGAUCAAGGUGGUCAAGUCCAAGUCCUGUACGUGUGGAUCGACGGCACGGGCGAAAAUCUACGAUGUAAAACUAAGACCGUAGAAGAAGAACCGAUCACACCUCAAGAUCUUCCCGUCUGGAACUUUGAUGGCUCGAGCACUUUUCAAGCCGAAGGCUGCAACAGUGAUGUUUAUCUUCAUCCAGUAGCAUUGUUCAGAGAUCCUUUCAGACGGGGAAAGAAUAAAAUUGCACUCUGCGAAACGUACAACUUCGAUCACAAACCUGGCGUGUGCAACCACAGAUUACCGUGUAAUAAAGCCAUGGAGCAUGAAGAUGUUAAGGUAAGGAAUUGUAUAGAGUUUCUUAACACGCGUCGCGAUUAACUCGAGAAAAGCUUCGCUUCAUUUCGUUCAUCGGGCAUUUUGAGUCUUGGCUUACCUCGUGCGCGGAAACGCGGCAUGGUAGACUGAUUUUUCACUUUCCCAUUGCCUUACCGAUCAAGAAGUUUCUUAGUGUGGUUAGUAACACAGAAACAAUGCUAGUUAAUGUUAUUUUCAAUCACGAUUUAUGUUACCUCAAAUGCGAUUCGGAGAGGAAAUGGAACUCGAGGGACAAGCCAAUUUCUGCGAGAUGACGUCAACAUCUGGCAUUUCUCAAAGACCUGUCUUUUUUGUGGAAUUAGAAGAAUGGUAGACAAAUGUACGCUUUCCUCCCCUUUUGAAUUACGAAGUCCUCUUAUCUCGAACGUUCCCAAAUUUCCAAAAUGUAAUUUCGCCGAAUUAAAGUAAUAUUGUCAAGAAAUUGUUAACGAUCAAUAUUUCUUCUGUGAACUUGGUUGGCGGCAUGUUGCGCAAGUCUUGGCAUCGACAAAUGUAUCUUUCAUGAGGACAGUGAAAGUUGUCAUGGGCAAUUGACAUUUUAUUCGCCUACGUGUCUGCUUGAGCUUUCCAUCUCAUAUGAUAAGCAAUUCAAAAGGACAUAGCAGCCCUUUUUUUAAAUUAUAGAAACCUUUGUUUUCCAAGGAACGGAAUUUAAAAACUGAUUGCUUUAGCCGUACUAGAUGAAAACAUGCUCGUACCGAUUUACUUCCCGCCUUCUUGAAAAGACAACAUUGACCUUGACAUUCCUGUCAUUAGGCGGUCAUGGGUUACGAACGAUUGGAUAUUAUGAGAGCUCAGUCUAUAGAAGGGUGUCUGUGAAAGAUAUUUAUUUGGCGUAUCACCAGCUUUCUUGCAAGGGGCUUGAAAGUUGUGAAGAAUGGCAAAAGAACACGAAAUAUUUUGAUACUUUACUUCACGGUUAGGCUAGACCACCCAGAAGGAGGCUGUGUUAGGGAACUUAAUCAAUUUCUUCCCCUUUUUUUGGUGUUAUUCACCUCUGACUCGAAAGGAUCUCUUAGAAUUUCCUCAGAAAGAAAUAAGGGUUUGAUUUUGGAGGAAGGUAAUCUUCAGAUUUUGCGUUUUGAUCACAAAAGAAGGCAAAUGUUCAACCUUUUCGUCAAAAGUGAUAUUUAUGAUAAAAAUUUGUCAUGAGUGUGGCAUAUAGAAUGAAUGGAAAUCUCCCAUUCAAGGAUGCCAACCUUUGACCUUAUUUUGUUUUCAAAUGCUAUACCACCACUGCAUUCAGCUUUGUACAUUUAAGAUAAAGGAAUGUUUCUUUUUUUUUCUUGUUGUCCAAUGCUGUGGAAAAAAAGGUUUUAGAUCUAUCUUUAUAUUUAGGUUUUACUCUAAAAACACUCUUCAGUGAUUUAUUUUUUGGUUUUGCAUGGCCAAACCUCAAAUCUUGAUUAAACAUUCCAUUCAUAUGAAGGCAGCCAUACCAUGGUUUGGUAUUGAACAAGAAUAUACCCUAUUAGACAAAGAUGGACACCCUCUUGGCUGGCCAAAGGGAGGUUUUCCAGGACCACAGGGACCCUACUAUUGUGCUGUUGGUACAGGAAAGGUUUUUGGUCGAGAUGUUGUGGAAGCUCACUACCGAGCUUGUCUGUAUGCUGGUGUAAAGAUUGCUGGAACUAAUGCUGAAGUGAUGCCUGCACAGGUUAGGAAACGUGUUGAUGAAUGAAAAAACCGUGUUUUUUCAUCUCUGACAUGCACAUCAACCAGGCAAAGUAAUUAUGAGUGAGAAGGAUUCCUUUGUUAAUUUAUAUAUUUGCUCAUAGUUGUCAAAGUAUCAGUAAUUGUUAGUAAAUUUUAUUUACCCUUUUUUGAGGACUGUGCUUGUGGUAAUAAUUUGUAUUUGAGGAGAUUAGAUUCAUAGUUUUUUUAAUUUUUAUUUUUUUCUUAAAUAAAGGGUAAGCAGCAGUUCUGUAUAUCCAACAUGUCUUUUGUGGGCCAAUCAAUUUGAAGCUUAGACAUAUCCCCCCCCCCCACCAUCCCUUCUGGCAUUUGAACAUUUGAAGAUUGGUUUGUUUAAAUCCCUGCACUGUGGCCAAAAUUGUGUUCAAAUGCCUUUUCUGCAUGCAGCAUUAAGGGGUCAAUUUCUCCUAAAAGGCAAGAUCAGCGACCAUGACUUUCUUGUAGACCUUUCCUCCUGAGUCAUCCACUUGUGAUAGUGAACUACUUACCUUAAAACACCUCCAUUUUAAGAGAUAAAGCAUCUGUAUUCCUUUGGACAGGUUGACAGUUGUGGUUCAAAUUCCCCAUCCCAUCUAGGCAAAGUUCUAAUUUCCCACCCCCUGAGCAUGGAUGACUGUCAAAUGCCGUUGGGUUGCCUGUGAAGUUGGGGGGGGUGUCAAAGCUUCAAAUUUACUGCACAUUAUCAAUGUCACUGAAGAUUGAUCAUGACUGAAUUCUUGUCCUAACCUUGCAGUGGGAAUAUCAAGUGGGUCCAUGUGAAGGAAUCAGCAUGGGUGAUCAGCUCUGGGUGUCAAGAUAUCUUCUUCACCGUGUGGCUGAAGAUUUUGGUUACAAAGUCUCCUUUGACCCAAAACCCAUGCCAGGGGACUGGAAUGGAGCUGGUGCACACACUAACUACAGGUGAGGAGGUGUUGUAUACCUAUAACACAAUUUGGCUUAGUAUGAGGUGGAACAAAUGUACAGCCUUGGGUUAGUGAACUUUUUUCAUUUAUGAAGUAGCACUGCAGAUAACCUAAUUUGAAUAAAUAUACAUAGAUAUACUUAAUAGAAUCAAAUCUACAAGGGCCACAAGGUGACUUCUAAACAUUGUGCAUAAUUGGAUAUUUCUGUUGAGUCUUGGUCAACCUCCAGGGAAUGUCCUUUACAGUGACACAGACCUAUCACUUGACCUACCAAAUCCCCACAAGAAAUUUAUGGGACUCAUUUAUCAGAUAAGUGAAUAAACUAGUGAUUUUGCCUAUCACAGUACACUUGCCAUGAGAGAAGAACAUGGAAUAAAGGUGAUCUAUGAGGCCAUAGAGAAGCUAUCCUUGCACCACGACUAUCACAUCAGCAUGUAUGAUCCAAAGGGGGGAGAGGACAAUAAGCGUCGUUUGACAGGUCGUCAUGAGACUGCCAGUAUAGAUUACUUCUCUCAUGGUGUGGCUAACCGUGGAGCUAGUGUAAGAAUUCCCCGUCAGUGUGCUGAGGAUGGCUAUGGUUACCUGGAAGACAGACGUCCUGCCUCCAACUGUGAUCCUUACAGAGUAACGGAGGCCAUUGUGCAAACAACUCUCUUGGGCCACAAAAAGGAGUAA